GUUGAGUUAAAUUAAAUCGUUGUUUCCUCAUGACUUCGUAUUUUCAUUCGCGCGCUUCUCUAACCUUCAAAUUCUUCUCGACGUCCCCUUCCGCGUAACCUUCGUCCUGGUCUCUCUGAGUCAAUUAUAUCAUCAAUCAUCGUUACAUACUCGCGGGCGAUCUGUCUCCGAUGCGCUGACGGGCUCACUCCAAUACGUCAGCUUGCAGCAAUUUCCGAUCCUCCUCCUGAAUCGAACAUAUAUCAUUGGAAGAACUCGGAAUCGACAUCGACGUUUGCUCCAGGUUCCAGCGAAAGGUUGUCGAUCUCAUAGAGGAAAGGAGGAUAAUAAUCAAGUCACACGCACACCGUGGAGAAAAGGGAACCCAGAAAGCAGACAAAGAGAGGGAGGAGGUGAAAUGGUUUUGCCUCGACCCUUUUCACGGGUGCGGACACUGCUGUUGGCGGCUGCACUCGCAGCUUUCCUCACAUAUUCUUUCUUGCGCUGGCAGCGCGUUUCCUAUGCAGAACAAGUACAAGCCGCAGCUAAAGAGGCAGUAUCAUCCAAGGCACAGGCCGUAGUAUUAACUAAGCCGGAAGGUCAUAUCGGCUUCUGGCGUCAAUUUCAGCCUCUUCUGGCUGCCUACCAGCCAAAAUGUGAACCCCCACUUCGACUGGAUAACGCGCCGUCGAUUAGGUUUGAGCAAGCGAGCCCUGACUUCCGGCCUGAGGCACUGGACAUGCUGGACGAUCACGUUGAUACCAUGAAGCAAGCUCAUACUGGGUUUGUUGAGGAGAUUAAGGCGAAGCCACCCAUGCUGCACUAUGUCCCCAACACUAGAGGAUUAGUUUCGACCGCUGGCGGCGAAUACUUACCCGUGUUGGUCAUCUCGCUUCGAAUGCUUCGGAGGACAGGCUCAGAACUGCCACUCGAGGUAUUCCUUGCCAAUGAGAAUGAGUAUGAGAGAUAUAUAUGCGAUGUGGUUCUUCCGUCUCUCAAUGCACGAUGCGUGGUACUUUCCCAUAUUUUGGAUGCCGUUCCAAAGGUCAUGGAUAUCCAGAAAUACCAGUUCAAACUGUUCGCCAUGAUGUUCUCUUCUUUUGAGGAAAUUUUGUUCCUAGAUGCCGACGCAUUCCCGCUACAUCAACCAGAAAUACUCUUCAUGAACGAACCUUUCAAGUCAAAGAAAAUGGUUACGUGGCCAGACUUUUGGGCGACCACAGUCUCGUCAUAUUAUUACGAGAUAUCAUCCCAACCAAUGCCUUCAAAUACCAUUCGGCAAUCCAGUGAAUCUGGCGAAGUGCUCCUUUCCAAGAAGACCCACAUGCACACACUCCUUCUCAGUGUUUAUUAUAACUUCUGGGGUCCCGAUUAUUACUACCCACUCUUGUCUCAAGGUGCAUCUGGUGAGGGUGAUAAGGAAACGUUCGUUGCAGCUGCUCUCGCUCUCGGGGAAUCAUACUAUCAGGUUUCUGAGCCCAUUUGCGCCAUUGGUCACGGCACCGAGGGCGGCUUGGCUGGCUCCGCAAUGGUCCAGUUUGAUCCAGUUGAGGAUUACGCCUUGACACAAAAAGGAGAAUGGCGUGUUCAUGGAUCAAAGGCCCCUGCUCCUCGUGCCUUCUUUAUCCAUGCUAAUUUCCCAAAGUUCAACCCAGCUACAGUGUUCGAUAAGCAAGCCGUCAACCCGGCUUUCGCCGAUGACGGUAGCUACACACGCGCAUGGACAAUUCCUCAAGAAGUAAUUGGAAAGUUUAGCACGGAUGUCGAAAAGUAUUUCUGGAAAGAAAUUCUCUGGACAGGCUGCGAACUCGAGAGUAAAUUCAGUUCCUGGAAGGGUCGCAAGGGCAUCUGCGCAGGAGUGAAAAAGUACUGGAAUGCAAUAUACGUGGACAAGAAGUCUCCAAAGCUUUAAGCAGGCUGAGACAUCCUAGCUUGAGCGAAAUUUGCGUUGGUGCCUUCAUCAUGUCACUGCGGCGUACUUCAUUCGUGGUGAACAAAUGUAUCACGGGACGUGUUCCAGGACAUGUUAGUGUUCGCGCUGGCGAUAGGAACACUGCAUUUUUGUCCUGGACGACAUCGCAUCCUUUGCCCUCACUUCCCGUCAUUGUUUGGCCGGGUCGAGUUGAGAAGACCCCCACGAACAUAGUGGGCGUAGAAACGUUGCCUCGGAAUGAACGUAUCAUUUCGAAGACAACUGGUACCUCUAUUAUGAAACGUGAUGGCACCUCAAAACAUACAAAGCGUGGGAUACCUUCCGAGCAGCUCCCAGCUUAGAGGACUCGGACCAGUUCGUGGAAGGUUGAUGCAUGGCAUGCCCACUACUAUGUCUGCUAAGAAGUAGCUAAGUUUUUAACUUGCAUAGGCUACCCAGGCAUAAACUAAUGACUUUAUCAUAAGCUUGUAUGCA